GUAUGAAAGCCCUGCAAAUCAUCGUAUAACCCACGUGCUAAAAUGCGCCACCUUGACAUUCUUUCUUUUCCUACGAAAACACUCUCUACUCCCUCCCUUUUUGAAAAAAAAAAAUCUCUCAUUCUCUCUCUUUCUCUCUCUCUUCUCUGUGUGAGCUUUUCUUGUACUGUUUUCGUGUUCACGUAGUAUUGCUCUGCUUUUUCCAAGUUAUAUUUAAUAAUUCUUCACUCUUUUUAAAACUUCUUACAGUUUAAAGCUGCGACGGAAUCCCCCAUAUACAGAAAGUGUGUGCGCAGGAUAAGAGCUUGCACACUCUUCCCAGUUUCAACACAAACACAGAGAGAGAGAGAGAGAGAGACCUUUUUUCUUUUUGGUGUCGUUGAUUGAGAGAGGGGAGGGGAGGCAUAGGAGGGAAUCAGUGUGAUAAGUGGGUGGGGGGUUCAUCGAAAGGUCGGUUUCUUUUGGAAGAUAAAAACAAGCACUUGAUUAUAAUACAGAGGAGGGCCACUCAUGCUUCGGUCCGCGUGCUUUGAUGCGAACUGAUGGGUUUUUUUCUUUCCUUUUCUUUGUGCCCUGAAGCCCCACCUCUAAGAUUUGCAGUCCCUUUUUGCAGUUUUUGUUCCUUGAUUUUGGAUUCUUGGGGAGUGGGGACUCGGCUAUGCUUUUGUGCCCGAUUGGACUGUUUGUAUUUCUCGGAGAACAUCUAAUUCUGAGACGUGGGUCGAGGGUAAUUUCCCAUCUUUCUCAAGGAAAAGUUAUGAGGGAAAUGUAAUCUGAGAAAGAUCAGAGAAAAUUCUUGUAGAUGAGGAAUAAGAAUUUACUUCUUGGAAUUAAUGGGUUUUGGAGUUUGAGGUUCUGGGGUGUUGCAUUGGGGCACACAUGAUGGGUUUUGUUGAAGAGAAAAUCAGAGCUGGAGGGUUGAUUAGUGGGGCAAAUACAAGUCUGCUUGAGGGGAUGAAGUUCUUAAAAGAAAUGCAGGAUCAGUCCGGUGCCAGGAAGGUUAUAAACUCCGAAUUAUGGCACGCCUGCGCCGGCCCUCUUGUUUCGUUGCCUCAGGUGGGGAGUCUGGUGUACUACUUCCCCCAAGGUCAUAGCGAGCAGGUAGCUGCUUCUACUAAACGGACAGUAACCUCACAAAUUCCCAACUAUCCGAAUCUCCCUUCUCAGUUGAUGUGCCAAGUUCAAAAUGUCACAUUACAUGCAGACAAAGAUACAGAUGAAAUAUUUGCUCAAAUGAGUCUUCAACCUGUCACCUCUGAAAAAGAUGUCUUCCCUGUACCAGACUUUGGACUAAAGCCCAGCAAACAUCCGAGUGAGUUUUUCUGCAAAACUUUAACUGCAAGUGAUACAAGCACACAUGGUGGCUUUUCAGUACCACGCAGGGCAGCAGAAAAGCUCUUUCCUCCUUUGGAUUAUACAGUGCAACCACCAAUGCAAGAACUUGUCGUUCAGGACUUGCAUGAUAACACAUGGACAUUUCGCCACAUAUACCGCGGGCAACCCAAGCGACACCUUCUCACAACUGGAUGGAGUUUGUUUGUUGGUGCCAAAAGACUUAAAGCAGGUGAUGCUGUCCUGUUUAUCAGGGGUGAAAAGUCUCAGUUAUUGGUUGGUGUGAGGCGUGCAAACCGACAGCAAACAACAUUACCGUCAUCAGUUCUAUCUGCUGAUAGCAUGCACAUUGGUGUCCUUGCUGCUGCAGCUCAUGCUGCUGCUAACCGAAGCCCAUUCACAAUAUUCUACAACCCAAGGGCAUGUCCUUCAGAAUUUGUCAUUCAUUUGGCUAGAUACCGUAAAUCUGUCUAUGGGACGCAAUUGUCAGUUGGCAUGAGGUUUGGGAUGAUGUUUGAAACAGAGGAGUCGAGUAAGCGGAGGUAUAUGGGUACAAUAGUUGGCAUUAAUGACUUAGAUCCACUGAGGUGGCCUGGUUCCAAGUGGAGAAAUCUUCAGGUGGAGUGGGAUGAGCCAGGGUGUUGUGAUAAACAGAAUAGGGUUAGUCCAUGGGAAGUAGAGACUCCUGAAAGUCUUUUCAUUUUUCCUUCUCUGACUUCAGGUCUCAAACGACCACUACAUGCUGGAUUUUUGGGAGCAGAAACUGAAUGGGCACAUUUGGUUAAAAGACCCCUUGUCCAGGUUCCUGAAAAUGGAAGUGGAGAUUUAUCAUACUCGAUAUCUAAUAUAUGCUCAGAAAAACUGAUCAAGAUGCUUAUGAGACCUCAACUUAUGAACCAUCCUGGAAACUUUUUGUCUACUCUACAGCAAGAAUCUGCUACGAAGUUGGAUCCAUCACAGGAUGUGAAGACCAUGCAUGGCACAGCCCACCAAAAAUCUCAGCUUAUCUCAUCAGAGGGUACAUAUCCAAUUCAGCCUCAGUCAUGCCUUUACCAAGCUGAUGUCAUUAACUCAAAUUCCUUAUCGAAAGCAAUUGGAAAAUUGAGUUAUGUACCUGAAUUUGAAAACCGAACACUGGCUGGAGUUAAUGCUGAAAAGCCAAGUUUAGAACCUGAGGUUUCAACAGAUGAGUUAAGCCAGUUGACUUCAACAGGAGAGUGCAACGAGGAAAAACCAGCUGCAUGCCCUAUAAGUCUUCAGAGCCCUGUAAACCAGCCAACAUUCAUUAACCAGAACCAGGACUCAUUGCAAUCACAAACUAGUUCGUGGCCUAUGCAGCCACAAUUGGAAUCAUUGGUCUACCAUUCCCAACAACUUGAUGUCCAACAAGUUGAUUGUUCUAAUCUAAAUGGCUUACUUCCAUCCCUAGACCCUGAUGAAUGGAAAUUUUAUCCGUCUUGCCAACCUCUUGGUGGAAUGUUUAGAUCACCUGCACCUUUAUCUGUGUUUGGAUUGCAAGACCCUUCAGCAAUGUUUACUGAAGCAGUUAAUCCCCCCUUGCCUUCUAUGGGUCAGGAAAUUUGGGAUCAUCAGCUUAAUAAUUUAAAUAUUUUAUCCCAAGCUGAUCAGCUCACUGCAUUUUCUCAUCAAGACCCAUGUAACAUAUCUAGUGGCUUAAGAGAUUUGUCAGAUGAGAGCUACAACCAAAGUGGGAUUUACGGUUGUGCUAAUGUUGAUAUUAAUAAUGGUGGAAGUGCUGUGGUAGAUCCUUCUGUUUCAAGUGCCAUUCUGGAUGACCUGUGUAUGGUGAAGAAUGCCAAUUUUCAUAAUCCCUCCGAUUAUUUAGUAGGCAACUUCAGUUCGUGUCAGGAUGUUCAAUCUCAGAUUACCACUACAAGCCUAGGAGACUCUCAGGCUUUCUCUCGGCAGGACAUCCUAGACAAUUCAGGAGGUACAUCUUCAAGCAAUGUGGAUUUUGAUGAGGGCAGUCUUCUGCAGAAUAGCUCAUGGCAGCCAGUAGUCCCACCUGUGCGAACUUAUACAAAGGUUCAGAAAAAAGGAUCUGUUGGGAGGUCAAUUGAUGUCACGGGUUUUAAAAACUAUGAUGAACUAUGUUCUGCAAUUGAGUGUAUGUUUGGGCUUAAGGGGCUGCUCAAUGACCCCAGAGGUUCGGGGUGGAAAUUGGUAUAUGUGGAUUUCGAGAAUGAUGUUCUACUGGUUGGGGAUGAUCCUUGGGAGCAAUUUGUUCGAUGUGUUCGUUGCAUCAAAAUUUUGUCUCCUUCAGAAGUUCAGAAGAUGAGCGAAGAGGGCAUGAAGCUUCUAAACAGUGCUGCAAUGCAGGGGUAGCUGCAAUGAUCCACGAGAAUUCCACGCAUCUUAAAAUGCAUCCAUAUUGGGGAGGGGAGACUUCUCUCAGCUUCUUUGUGCCUGAAAUAUCGAUAUGGCCUCGAUCAUGGGCACUUGAUGUGGCUACAUUUUACUUGCUUUUGCCUUGUAAAGGAGCAAUGUGCUGUUUGACAUUAGUCACAUUUGUAAGAACAUGGAAGUAGAUGAGGAUCCCCUCUAGUAUAAAAGAGCUUAUGUUUAAUGGUGAAGAUGGAGGAUUGUUAGAUGAUCAUAUAAUCUGUGUCUCUGACAAUGAUUGCAAAAUCUGAAUGUGGGACAAUAUGAUUGAGAGUAGGAUACUUGAAAUGGAAAUGAAUCAUUUUACGAUA